CAAAGCAUGGGCGACACAAUAGUUUGUUUUGCAACACAGAAGAAGGAAAGUAUUGAAGACUCACUUCUCAAAGAUGACGGUCAUAGAGAUGCGAGUACAUAUGGAUUGCGGUGGAUGUGAGAGCAAGAUUAGAAAGGCUCUCCAAAAACUCAAAGGGGUGGAUGAAGUAGAUAUAGACAUGACAAUGCAAAAGGUAACCGUCACAGGAUGGGCUGACCAGAAAAAGGUUCUCAAGACUGUGAGAAAGACCGGUCGAAGAGCUGAGAUUUGGCAGUUCCCCUUUAACAACCCCGAAAUGGUAAAUCAUAACAAUCACGUCGCUGGUUAUUAUCCCCAACAAAGUUACGGUGGUCCAGCAACUUUUCACUGUACCUCUCAGCCGCCAUCUUCCUCCUACAACUACUAUAAGCACGGUUACGAUAACUUUGACCGCUCGUUUCGAUUGGGUCGCGGUAACUCCGGCAACAUUUUUGGUAGUCGAAUCGGUGGUACUUUCAGUGACGAAAACCCUCAUUCUUGUUCCAUUAUGUGACCUGCCAAUUACUUUCAAGAAACAUGAAACGAAUGCGUGUAAUGUAAUAAUUCCACUUCUUUUACUUCAGUUUACCUUUAUUUGAGUAUUAAAUUUAUGAAAGAAGCAAAAUUUGGGAAUGA